AUGGCAACAGUUAGAAUGAAAUCUGACCAGAAGAAGACAAUCUUACUCGAGAUGAUACGGGAGAGCAAAUCAUUCUUUAAGCUGCAAGAAUUAGAGACAAUAGGAUCAAAAAAGGGAAUAGUUACCAAUACCAUUAAAGAUAUAUUGCAGCAGCUUGUUGACGAUGGACUAAUUUUCAACGAGAAGGUUGGCAUAAACAGUCUAUACUGGUCUUUUACAUCGGAUGGACCACAGAAGAAAAGGAUGAGAUGCAAACAGUUGGUAGAGGAAUGCGAACGCUUAGAAGAAAACAUAAACAACAAGAGGAUGUAUGUUGAGAAAGAAAAGAAGAUUAAGAAGUAUACUGAGGAGAGAAAUGAGCUUGAACAGACGCUAAACAUGUUGAUGAAGAUCGAUGAGGAUCUGAGGAGAGAGUUAGACAAGUUUCAAGAUGUUGAUCCCGAGGCAUAUAAAAAGCUUAUUUCAGAUAAGGAAAGUGUUGUUGAUCAAUGCAAUAAGAUAAUCGAUAACAUCUUUGUUGUGCAGGAUUAUGUUUGCAAUAGGUUUUCAAUGGAUAAGACUGAUUUCAAUGCAGGAUUUGCGAUUCCAAACGAUCUUGAUUACAUCCAAUGA